UCGCAGGUUUCAUCCCUCCGCUUCGUCGGGAAGUCCCACAUACUAAACACUGAUUCAAUAACGUUCUACGAAGACGGUGUCUUCACGGGCGAGGCGAUCGUCACUGAGGAGGGCCUGCGGUCACUGGGACCCAUGGCUGGUAGGGUGUCUUCAUUGAUCAUUGCUGGACCGAGCCCUUGGACUGUUUACAGAGGUGAGAACUUCACCGGCAUGUCUUUGUGCAUGUACCCAGAACGGAGUCCUGCUGCUAGUCUAGACGGAAAGCUCGUCUUCGGCAUCGUACAUGACAUAAAGCGGCUGGACAUGCCCGACAACAGCAUCAUGUCAGUGAAGAAGGGCUGCGAUUCACGAGCUGCCAGCCAUAAACUCAUCAUCGAGGCAGAUGGCCAGAACAAGGACGGGGCCUGGCGGUUCUUCAAACACAAGGCUUGAGUGCAGCAGCUUGUGGUAAAGCAGUAGGGUCACCAUGUAGAGACAUAAUGUGUAUGUGAGUAAUGGACUUGUGGAUGGAUAUAAACUUUUCCUUCUACUUUGACUCUCUACAUGCAGUUAGGCUCUACUGAUACCACCAUCUGGGACUAAAGCAGGCUCCCAAAAAUUGUCUGAAGGAAACAGUCCAUUCCCUCACACCCUAGUGGAAUGGAAUGAACUCUGAGGAAUUUUGCAUAUUAGGAGACAAAAAAUCUCGACACUAGGCCAGCAGGUGAUGCGUGCAGGAGUGUGCGAACACUGCUGUGAGAGUGAAGGUGUCAUUACGCUAGCCUCAAACUUCACUUUCUUCUCACCUGAAUGAGCACAAAGGUGAAAUGAAUGACGUCUCCAAUUUAAGAAAAAAAUAUAUAUACCACAUAUGUACACGUAAUAGAUAAAUAAAUCAGGAUAAAUCGGUAUGCUGCGGAUUUUUAUUACACAGAAGGUAUCA